AUGGCCUUCCUCGCAUCAGCACUUCACAGCCUGGGAAUCUUUGAAAGGAUCUCUAGGAUAAAAGAGUUUCUCAAGAAUAGGCUGCUGGGCACCGCACAGCAUCAGGACGGAGCAGGGGGGCAACAAAGGAAACAGCCCCACACCACCAUACAGGGGCUCCUACUCUGGGGUCUUCCAGUUUCCUGGAACCGGUUCCUAUGGCGCCAGCCAGGGGAGUUCCCAAAAACUGCUUUCCUGCUAGGAGCAGGCACUGGUGGGCUCCUGGCCAUAGGUCUCUUCCAGCUCCUGGUGAACCCCAUGGGCAUUUAUGAGGAGCAGAAGGUGGUGGCAUUAUAUGGCUUGGCAGGCUUAGGGGCCAUAGGCUGGGGGACCUCGCCUCACAUCCGCUGUGCCAGUCUCCUGUUGGUACCCAAGAUGCUGGGCAAAGAAGGCAGACUCUUUGUCAUGGGGUAUGCUUUGGCUGCCAUCUGCAAAGGGCCGGUGGCCAAUCUACGGUCCAACAUCAACGAGGUGAUAGCAUCCCUGGGCUGCACCGUGGAGCUCCAGAUCAACAACACCCGAGCCGUCUGGCGUAUCUCCACGGCCCCUUUGCGGGCAGUGUUCAAGGACAUGCUGGGCAGCAAAGAUUCAUUGAAAACAGAGAUUCAGAACAUCUCUACCUCCUUUGAGGACCUGGAUAACCAGGUGAAGACUGACAUUGGCUACUCAUUUGAAGACAGGGACACAGACACAGCCCCGGGCACAGGGGCUCUAGGAGCCUCCCGAGCCCGACCCAACCGGUCCACACAGACAGAGUAUGAGAUGAAGACCAAGCUACGCUGCACCCAUAUAGUAAAUAAGGCCAUACACAGCUGCUACCGCUGGUUUAAUAAAAAGCAUCGGCAAUGCACACGAAGCGUCCGGGCCCCACUCAUAAACAACCUACUGUGCCUGCCAAUGAAGUUCAAGUUCCUCUGUAGAAUUGCCAAGGUGAUGGAGGUCUGGUGUUUCAAACGCAUCCCUGUGGAAGGCAACUUUGGGCAAACCUAUGAUUCAGUCAACCAAUCUAUUCACGGUCUGUCUGGAGAAUUUUCAGCUCAUAUUGACAUUAAGGAAGAGAAUCAGUCGUCAGUGGUGGGUUCCAACAUGAACUGGGAGCACGUGAGCGUCGAGGUGCGGGACUACGUUCGCCAGCAGGAGGCCCGUCUGCACUGGGCUGUGGGGCUGCUGCACCUGCUCCUGUCCUGCACCUUCCUGCUGGUCUUCCAUUCAGCCUUCUCCUACAUGGAUAACUACAACUGGGACAUCCGCUUUGACAACAUCUACAUCAGCACCUACUUCUAUCAGAUCGAUGAACGCAGGAAGAAGCUGGGAAAACGGAGUCUGUUGCCACUCCGAAAGGCAGAAAAGAAAUCUGCUAUCUUCCCCUUCAAGGCUACCAUCCAGGCCUCGGAAAUGCGCAAUGUGGUAAGGGAACUCAUAGAGACCCUGCCUCUCCUGCUGCUGCUGCUGGUGCUGUGCGCGAUGGACUGGGCGCUCUACUCUGUCUUUGACACCAUCGGCCGCCACUCCUACCUGCAGUACUCCUUUCGCAGCAGUCACAAACUAGAGAUAAAUGUUGAGGGAGACUCCAUGCUCGCCCGACUUCUGCGAAAAACCAUUGGAGCCCUGAACAGCACCUCGGAUACAGAAGUGGAAACAAACAACAUGCCCUGCCUGCCCCAACCCACGAGCCUGCAUGCCAGGGACUACUUUGGAGCCUCACUGCCAACCUUCCUGCUUAUGUGUCUCUGCCUGGCCCAGGCCUUCGGCUACCGACUCCGGAGAGUCAUCGUGGCCUUCUACUUCCCCAAGCGAGAGAAGAAGCGAGUUCUGUUCUUCUACAAUGAGUUACUGAGGAAGAGAUCGGCUUUCACAAAGCUGAGGAGGGCCGCCAUUGUCCGCCGGGCGCGCCAGCAGAAUGCACCCCGCCACUACCUGGUGGACGCACUGUACCGCCGGUGCCCUCUCUUGCGCCGCUUGAUGCGUCGGCGCUGCGUGGUGUGCCAGGCACUGGAGACACCCGAGUCCUACGUGUGCCCCACGCCGGACUGCAAGGCCCUGUACUGCCAGUCGUGCUGGGACGACAUGCAACGGCAUUGCCCGGUGUGCACUCCCCGCGAGGAGCUCUCUUCAUCCGCCAACAGCGAUAGCAACGACGACGCUGUAUAUGGCGAAUGA